AUGACCAUGCCAGGGCUCACAAUACAGACUGAUGUCGCUCCUCGCUCCCACUCUCCGGAACCUCCACCUGCCUCUCCCUUGACACCAUCCGAAGAAGCUUCAGCGCCACAGCUCGCCCCAACCCAAGCAGCUAUUGCCACUGCUACUCCUCGUCAGCCUUCCGCGCCUCACCCCCAAGCCGAACCGCCUGCCGUCCUCUCUCACACGACGCAUCCUGAGCAGGUUCCGUCCCAACCAGUCCCACCCCCGCAGCCCAUCGAUUUCGAGUCCAACACAGAUGCCAUCGCCAUCAAGUCCGCCAUCUCCAUCCUCCAGAUCCAGAAGAAGAGGGCAGAGGAGCACAUCCGUCUCCUCGAUCAGAGUGCGCAGACCGCGCGUGAUGAUCCACAGCGGACGGCCGAGUAUCUAGCAAAGGGUGACACGAGUGACAUGCCCUGGAAGGAUGCCUUUCAGAUGCAGAGCGUGGCGCACAUGCCCAACGUCCGAUGGAGCAAAUAUGCGGUCGUGGGCGAGUCGCUAGACAAGAUACACCAGGAGCAGAGCAAGCGGCCGCCCGACACCAAGCCGGCAGUGUAUGCGGACGGGGUGUACACCGAGCAGGCAUCGGCGAACUCGAGUACGGCCGGGAGGGCAGAAGAACAUCGUGGCCCGUUCGCGGCUUACUCGCCCUUUGUGGGCAAGGGAAAGCAGCCCAUGGCGUCGCCCAAGACCAAGAAAUGA